AUGCCAACAACAAGAGAUCAGAAGCGUGACGCAGACAUGGAAGCAGCGCUCAAAAUAUUCUUCUCGUCACCACGCUUCGCUGUGGCGGGUGCAUCUUCUGACCCUUCCAAAUUUGGACAUAGAGUAUUCGCAUGGUACCUCCAGCACUCGCUUCCCGCAACGCCUAUCAACCCGCGCUCCCCCACCAUCUCAGUCCUGCGCCGCGACCACACCACCGUCGCAUCGCCGACCGCGCUGUCAGAUCCGCCGGCGUCGCAGUACUCGCUGUCUGUGAUCACACCGCCUGCCGUCACAAAGCAGCUGUUGCGGGAAGCGAAAGAGGCUGGGGUUCCCGCCGUGUGGCUACAGCCAGGGAGUUUCGAUGAUGAGGUGUUAGAGUACGCGCGGAAGAACUUUGAGGCUGCAAUUGCGGGGGAUGGGGGGAGAGGCGGGGAGGGUUGGUGUGUGCUUGUUGAUGGAGAAGCGGGAUUGGAAGCUGCAGGGAGGGAGUGGUCGAGGCUUUGA